UUUAUAGCCCAGUAGAGUAGCGCUUUUCUCUUCUGUGUGCUAAAGCACUUAAGUUGACAGACGAUAGACGUCUUCUCUCUCUCUCUCUGCUCCUUCCCCUGGUUUCGUGUCAUUUUCAUGUCUUGGUGCAAACUCCCGAGUUUCUUUCCAUUUUAUGCUUUAUCUGAUGGAUUUUGGGGUGAUUGUGAAGGCUGGUGUUUCCAUAUGGGGAUGGGGAGGCCUUGGCGUCAUUCUUUUUGUAGUCACUUUUGGACCUUUUGCUAUAUUUUACUUUGCGUUCUAUAUCCUGUGUUUUCUUGGUGGGGGCCUUGCAGUCACGCUACUCUUUGGAAAAAUAAAUUCUGAGAAAUAUCUUGAAAAGUGUGAGCAUUCUUUCCUUCCUGCAGCACCAACUGCUGUCCCCAGAGCUUUAGAAGAAAUGAGACGUGAAAGUAAACAAAUAAAGAUUGACAGGCGAUUGACUGGUUCCAGUAUAAUUGAUGAACCUCUACAGCAGGUCAUCCAGUUUGCACUAAGGGACUAUAUCCAGUACUGGUAUUAUACUCUAAGUGAUGAUGAGUCUUUUUUACUCGAAGUCAGAAAAACUAUACAAAAUGCACUCGUUCAGUUUGCCACAAGGUCAAAGGAGGUAGACUGGCAACCGUACUUUACUACACGGUUGGUAAAUGACUUUGCUGCACACCUUCAUGUAUUUAGGAAAACUCAACAAAGGAUAGAAGACUCGAGGCAAAAAAAAGAUGCUUCAGAAGAAUUUGUUGACACUUUUUUUGAAGUUGAAGUGGAAAUGGAGAAAGAAGUCUGCCGUGACCUGAUCUGUACUUCAGUUAAAGAUGAAGAAGCAUUCCUGAGGGAUCUUUGUGAGAUAUUAUUGUAUUUGUUUCUACCUCCUGGAGACUUCCAUAACAAAAACAUGAGAUACUUCCUGAGGGAAAUUUUGGCAAAAGGUAUUCUUUUUCCAUUAAUCAACCAACUCGGUGAUCCCGACUACAUUAAUCAGUAUAUUAUAUGGUUGAUCCGUGAUGCCAAUUGUAAUUAUGAAGCCUUUUUGAAUAUUAUCAAAUUAAGUGACAAAGUCGUAGAACUAGAAGCAGUGAGGGAUCGAGCAGCAGAAGAGCUGCAGUAUCUUCGAUCUUUAGAUACUGCAUCUCCAAGAGUCUACGUGGAUGAUAAUUUGGUUGCUAAAUUGGCAGAAAAACUAAAUUAUGAGGAUACCACACCAGAAAUAUUUGAUGACAUUCAACGAAAGGUCUAUGAAAUGAUGCUGAAGGAUGAGCAAUUCUACCCUUCUUUCAGGCAAAAUCCACUUUAUGUGAGGAUGUUAGCUGAGUUAGACAUGUUGAAAGAUCCAAGUAUCAGAGGGUCAGAUGAUGGCGACUUGGGUAUGUGA